CUAGCCAUAAAAUCGAAGUCCGUAGUGACGUCCGUGUAAACCCCGUGCAGCGUUGUUAUUAAUCCAAAAUGGCGUAGUAAUAACCCAGAUAAUGAAAGCGGAGUGGAAUUUACGUUUUCUAACAGGAUUUCAACGCGUAAUGAAUGGAUUAUGAUUUUUAGAUGAGUGCUGAUUUAUAAACAAUUAAGGAGAUGACAGACACACGGAGGCGCGUUAAACUCUACGCGCUUAAUGCAGAUCGCCAGUGGGAUGACCGCGGAACUGGCCAUGUUUCCUCUCAGUAUGUAGAUCGACUGAAGGGGAUUUCCCUUCAUGUCAGGGCAGAAUCUGAUGGCACUAUUCUUUUGGAGUCUAAAAUUCAACCAGACACAGCCUAUCAAAAGCAACAGGACACAUUAAUUGUUUGGUCUGAGGGUGACAAUUUUGACCUUGCUCUAAGCUUCCAAGAAAAAGCAGGCUGUGAUGAAAUCUGGGAAAAAAUCUGUCAGGUUCAAGGAAAAGAUCCAUCUGUUGAAAUUACUCAAGACAUUGUCGAGGAAAGUGAAGAUGAAAGGUUUGAUGAAAUGUCAGACUCUGCUCCACCAAUUGAUCUUCCACCAUGUGAGCUAAGUCGACUUGAAGAAAUAAACGAGGUGGUCAGCAGUUGUCUAACAUCUCCUAUGAGAAAGGAAAAGCUUGCAGUAGCAAUUGAAAAUGAUGGGUACAUACGGAAGUUGCUUAACUUAUUUCAUAUGUGUGAAGACCUUGACAACACUGAAGGCUUGCAUUAUUUGUAUGAAGUGUUCAAAAACAUAUUUCUUUUAAACAAAAAUGCUUUGUUUGAAGUGAUGUUUGGAGAUGAGUCAAUAUUUGAUGUCGUAGGAUGUCUUGAGUAUGAUCCAUCAACACCAACACCUAAGAAACACAGAGAGUACCUGAAAGAACUGGCAAGGUUUAAAGAAGUUAUUCCUAUCACAAAUGCUGAUCUCCUAGCUAAAAUUCAUCAAACCUACCGAGUACAGUACAUUCAGGAUGUGGUACUCCCAACACCAUCUGUCUUUGAAGACAACAUGCUCUCCACAUUAUCAAGUUUCAUAUUUUUCAAUAAAGUUGAAAUAGUCACAUUGGUUCAGGAGGAUGAAAAAUUUCUAACAGAACUAUUUGGAUUUCUUACUGAUGAGUCAACCGAAGAAACCAAGAGGCGUGAUUUAGUACUAUUCCUAAAGGAAUUUUGUAAUUUUUCUCAAAAUUUACAACCGCAAGGGAAAGAGAACUUUUACAAGACUCUCACUUCACUAGGAAUACUAUCGGCUUUAGAAAUAACAUUGACUUCUGAUGAUCCUCAAACAAAGUCAGCUUCAAUAGAUAUUUUAACUUAUAUUGUUGAAUUCAAUCCCUCUUUUGUGAGAGAUUACACACUGCAGCAAGCCAAUUCUACUGAUGAGGACCAAAUGCUCUUGAAUGUUGUUAUAGACCAAAUGAUAUGUGACACUGACACAGAAUUAGGUGGAGCUGUCCAACUAAUGGGAGUUCUAAGAAUUCUUUUGGAUCCAGAAAACAUGAUGGCUUCAAUUAAUAAAUCAGAAAAGACAGAUUUUCUGAACUAUUUCUACAAGCACAGUGUCAACAUUCUUAUUGGUCCUCUUCUCACCAAUACACUAUCUGAUUGGCCUGCUAAAGAGGACUAUCAGACAGUUCAACUGUUAGGUCUUAUUCUUGAGUUGCUCUCUUUCUGUGUUGAACAUCACACAUACCACAUAAAGAAUUGCAUCUUGUCGAAAGACCUCCUUAGAAGAAUUUUGGUUCUAAUGAAGUCUACUCAUACUUUCUUGGUGCUUUGUGCCUUGAGAUUUAUGAGAAAAAUUAUAGCUCUUAAGGAUGAGUUUUACAAUCGGUAUAUUAUCAAGGGCAACUUGUUUGCCCCUGUAAUUGAUGCUUUUAUUAGGAACAAUGGCAGAUACAAUUUAUUGGAUUCUGCUAUUCUUGAGAUGUUUGAAUUCAUCAAGUUGGAGGACAUAAAAACAUUAUGCAUACAUGUAGUAGAGAAUUUUAGCAAAGUAUUGGAUGAUAUUGACUAUGUGCAGACCUUUAAGUCCUUGAAAAUGAGGUAUGAUCAACAUCUGGAUAAAAUUAAAGAUCGAGACCGGCCGUCCUUAGAUAGUGUCCCCUCAAUUUUAAGAAACAGUCGAUACCGCCGUGACCAGCGGCAGCUAGAAGAGGAGGAAGAAUUGUGGUUCAACGAUGAAGAAGAAUUUGAUGAAGGUGAUUCAGUAGUUCCUGGUCCAGACCCUGACAUUCUUGGGAAAAAGUUGGAUCCUGACCUCAACUCCACUCUUGCUAAACUUGUGGAGAAGAAGAAUGAGACUAAUCCAGGUAAACUUUCAACGAGCCCAAGUAAAGCAAUGAAUAACAACAUGAAUAUGAGCAACUCAGUGAGUAGCUCUCCUCUGAAUGCCUCACCUUCAGAGAAGUCUUCUCUCUUCAAGAAGGGCUUGGUUGAUUAUGAGGGAGAUUCUGAUGAUGAGGAUGAAGAAGAUGGCAAUGGUGAUUUACUGACACCAGUACAUAAGCGCGCACGUCUUUCAUGAUGUGCAAAUUCGUCAUGUGAAACUUAUAUUAAUGAGUGACCGUGUGUGUGCGCGCGCGCGUGUGUUUGUGCGUGUGCAAAUAUGCACACUCUGCCAUGCGCCAGAAAAACACUGGAAAAACCGGUGAUUCAUGUGUCUAUCUUCAUAUGUAAGCUAAAAUUAACACAAAAUACAAGUUGAAUCCGUGUUACCAUGGAAUGCACAGAAGAAUGAUUCAUGGAUGGAGAAGCAAUCAGUGGUGCCAGUGGGGACUUACUUAAAGAUACCUGGAAAUGAACUUCAGAAAAACAGGUCUGUCUCUGAUCCUCACCACCAUUCUUAGGAAGCAAAAGUGGAAAUGAUGGAACUUCUUUGGGCCAUGUUAAAUGAAAUUUUUAUCAAUUCUGUAAUCAGUUGGUAUUACAUUACUUUUGCUCAAAUUAUCUUCAUUGUCGUUUUUUAGAAGCCUAAUUUUGUCAUGCAUGAAUCUCACAGAAAAGUGCUCCAUUUGUGUGUGAUCUGAUAUUCUUCUAACCUAUUCACUUUGCUGGUGCCACUGCUGUAGAUAGUAGUUCCGUUUGUUGCUAAGUUAAUUUUCAUUCAAACUUCGCAACUUAUCAUAGAUGUCAAGGAACUGAAGACUGGUUUGUGUAUUGUAGAUUCACCUGUCCUCAAAGAUUUGCUACGCAGCAUCUGGUUUUGGUCGGACCAAAAUCAACCUAGGUGAUGCAUAUCCGUAUUACAAAGUAUCCUGUUAAUUCACUUGUAUUUAGUUCUUUCUGUCUUUUGUACAUAACAUACUGUUAAUUAAAUAGGAUCAUGCUUAUUUUUAUAAAUGUGUAAUUUGACUAUCUGAUGGUAAAUGAACCAAAUGGAUACCACACUGGGAAUAAUCAUUCCAAAGGAAGAAGUUGAUUUUACCAAUGUUGCCAAAGGUGGCUUUUUGAAGACUUAUUGUAAAAGUUAUGGAGAGUCAAUCAAGGUAUAUACCUGCCAUUGUUGUUUGAAUUCAGUGUAUGUAAAGUAAUAUCUUACUAAAAAGAAAAUAUGGCAGCUUGUCCCCUUUGUUCACCAGUACUAAUUGGUUGGCAAUUUAGUAAGUAAGAAAUUCUUACUUUUCAUUCUGUACCACUUUUGUAGAGUGCAAGUAAUUUUAGUUAUCUAUAGACAAAAGUCCAUAUUGGAGCAUUUGUUACAUCUACUUUCACACAUCAAAUUCAGUGAUGCACUGGUGGAUUCACAAAGCCCUUUCUUUUAAUUUGCUUUUUUAGCACUAGAUUUGGCCAAACUAUUUUGUUUUUAGUCAUGCUUUGACAUGAAAAUCAAAGCUGCCAUUCAUUACAAUUUUAUGUUCAUUAAAUUCAAACCUUUAUUCUUCAAGGUAUUGAGGCUCUGUAGUGAUAACAUGGCUUUUGAUACAUGAUCUCUUUUGUCAAUCUGAUAUUUGGUUAGUUGGUAGACUGCUUAUUUAGGGGUAUUCAACCCCCGCUACCCCACUUUCUUUUUUCUUUUUUAUUUACAUUGAGGUACCCACUGCAAGUGAAUUACAGCCUAUGUGUAUGGUAAACCAUGCUUAUUCCAAACCUUUGUGUCAGUAUCAUUUGCAAGACUGGUAUGGUAUGUUGAGAAGCUUCAGUGUGCAUGUUCUUUCUGGUAAUAAGUGUGUAUUGCCUAUUUUACUACUUUUUCUGAAUUUCUCAACGUACGCAUCCUGAAAUGAAUUCUUAUCUAAGUUUUCCUUCACAAUUUGUCUUAUGUAAAUUUUGAAACUUUCUUAUUGUCAAGUGGACUGGACAUGUCACAUAUGGUUGUUUAAAUUGACUUCUAAGAUGUUGACUUUAUCUGUAACCCAGCCAAGAUUUGUAGUGGGCCAUAGAUUUUAUUUUCUUUAUCUAAUCAUUGCACUUUAAAUGGUUCCAUGAUUUCAGAGCUGUCUGAUAACUGUGGGUUUUCUAAUUUUAAUGUAAAUUUUGUUUUGAAUCAUUUUUUUUAUAAAAAUUACUUUAACAGCAUGCAAACUUUAUGUCAUUUAAUUUGCCUUUUUUUUUUUUUUUUAUCAACAUGCCACAGCAGUCUUGCAUCAAAAUUGUGCCAAAAUUAUGAAGCUGAUAACAAAAGCCAGAGUAAGCUCUGAAAAUGGAUUUUGUGCAAUAGGAGGUUUGUACAUAUACCUUGCCACUUUGUACAGCUGUGGAAAGAUUCCAAGUAUGGAAUCACCUCAGAGAAUGCAGUCAUGUUGUGCUAUACCUCCUGACGCAAGAAUUAAUUGUGAUGGUUCCAAGUAAGUUGAGGCAUUUUAUUCAUAAUGUGACCGUUUGGAGUGAAAAGUAAAUGUGCUCUUGAAUGUAUAUAUAGUAAGGACGAGUCUCAACUCAUUUGUAACAUUUUGUAAGGUAUACACAGCUGUGCAAAGUGAUAUUUAGUUGUAGGGUGUCUACAGAAAACUAGUUUUUUUAAUUAAAGUUUAUUGCUACUGCUUUUAUUUAAAUUGUACACAUUUACAGUGUAAUCUAUUAUUUGAAACAUAAAAUGAAUGUUUUGGUUGGUCUAAAUAAGGUUUUUAAUUUUUAGUAUUUGUAAAGAAAAUAGCUGUACAUUUAUAAUGAAGACUGCAUUGAAUCCUUAUCCAGAUUGGAUAUGAGAUAUUUAACUUAAAUGUUUUCAGGUAAUAAGUAGACACCCUGUACAAGCUUUGAAGACUCACCAUCUGGGUUGUGCUGUGUGAACGUUUUAGUGUAAUAAUAAAACUAACUUAUAAGUCAAAAGUUGAUGUUUGUAUUUUCUUGAGUAGGCAUUAUAUAAUUUUAUAGGUUGUUUAAAAACCUAGAUUGAUCAGUCUUCUAAUUGAUUGAAAGAACAGAAAUCUACUUUUCCUUCACCUAAAUUUUCACUCAAAUUAAUUUUACUCUCAUGAACUUUGUCAACCUUAUCUUGCUGUUGCACAUUUUUUUGUGAUACUCAUCACAUCAUUCAUCUAUUCAUGAAAUCCUACAUUUUUUUGACAACUCAAAUGAACUUCUCGGUCCCUAACUAUCUUCUGUAGUCUGAAUUCUUUAUUUAUGGCCAAUACUUUAGAAUCUUAAGUUGAUUAUUACUUGUCCAUUCAAUUUGUAUUGCUGUAAAUGUGCAUUCAAUCUGUCUUAUCAGGUAACCCGGGAACAGGUAGAAAUUAUGACUUUUGUGUUUUACAACAACUAUAUAGAAGUCAAUGGUCUUCCUAAUGUCACAGGAUUCAUCUUGACUUUCAUUUUGAAUAAAUUUUGACAUUUCCUUAUUUUAAUUUUUCUGUGAUACUUCACAUUUUGGUAACCACAGUAAAUGUGGUGCAAUACUUAUUGGGGCGUGUUCCACUUCAAUAGAGUAACUUUUUUGUUGUUAAUUUUUGAAGUGAUGACUAAUUACAAAUGUUUUACAAUCAGUUCUGUGAAAGAUGGUCUUCUGGGUUCACUAUCUGUUGAUUUCAUGUAGAAUUCAUUCAGUGAAAAACUAGGUGGUGUGCAUUUUCUGAAAACUGCUUGAUGCCGCCCGGAAAUUUUAUCAAAGAGUGUUUACUGGAUUGCGAACCAUUGAAACUGGUGCGAAUACAAUUUUCUUACAAAAAGUCUGGUAGUAAGAGAGAUGAUUGUCUGGUUUAAAGUUCUCUUUAUAGUUCUAUUUCCUUGACUACUGUGCCAGUAUAUCCUGGAUUCAUUAUAUUCCUGGAUACCUACUUUAGUCAGAACAUAUUUUGAUUGCACAGUCUUGUAUUUUUGAGGAUGAUUGCCCAAUUAUGUCAGAUGUUUAAAAUUUCGUUAUAAAGUUUUAUGUUGAAAAGGUUACUUGAAUUCUCAGUGACCUGCUGCGUGAAUCGUUAGGAUUAGGGGAAUCUGCAUGGUGAUGAUAUUUCAACAAAUGUACAAAUUUGUAGGCUGAUGGAAUAAAGCAUUCAGCAUGUAACCAAUUUA